CAGGAGUGUGUGCGAGCGAGAGCAGAUGGAGCAUGGAGGGAAAACUCGAAGAGACGUCAAGACGCGAUGGCGGCGAUGUCAGGGCGCAUGCUGGCCGCUUGAGGGCGGUCGGAGAGGUAGAUGGGGCCACGGAGCACAGAGAGCGCAGCAGGCACAGGCAGGAGACAGGUGCAACGAGCCCGGUAGUCGCCUUGAGGUCUCCUCGUACGGGCACAAGCAAGUACAAAGCAAAGCCAGGCCUCGCUUCGAAACGCCAGGCCGAAAGCACGAUCGCACGCGCGCUCGAGGAUGCUUCGUCCCCGCGUUCAGGCAUGGUCCAUCAAGCCCUCUCAGGCACUGACCCCCUUCUUCCUCUCACCGGCUUGGCUUCCACUCACAGGCAGCAGAGGCGGCGCCUGUGCGCCCUGCCUCGCGUGCUGCGCCGGCAUGUGUCUCUGCUGUGCCUGCGACGAUCUAUGCUGUGGUAAGUCCCACCCCCCGCCGGCGUACACGGACGAGCGCGCGUGCGGCGAGGGCGGCUGCUGCAUGGGCUGCGGCUGCUGUUCCGGCGCUGAUUGCAACUGCGACUGUGCCUGAUGAUGUAGACUUGGCUUGAGACGAGAAGCUUUUUGGCUCGACCCGGAUGGCUCGGACAAGUACCCUCUCUCGUUCUCUCGUCUCUCGUUCUCGC